UUUUUUGGUUUGCGCUUGCAGUCUGGAGAGUCGACAACCCCCUGACGGCCUCACCUUCAUCCACUCCAGUCCCGUCCCGUUUCCUUGCUGCCCGGCCGCCUGCCCCUCAACCUCAUCGCGCAAUCUCCAUCACCGUCCGGCGUCCGCGAGCAGCGGUGCAGAGGGCGUCCUUACUCGUUCCGCGCGCCCCGCCCAGGUCAAUCUCCCCGUACCCUCAGCCUCGACUCUCUGAGUCUCCACGCGAUCGACUUCGCCCGCAGCCUGCGCCGACCCUCUCGAUCUCCAUCCAUCCCACGAGGGGAGCACCGGUGGGUGCCGUCGUCCUCCGUACUAACAACAACAGUUCUUCCCCCAAAAAGAAUUUAGGGGGUUCAUGUCCCUGUUGGUACACGAUGAACCCUGCAAGCCGAAGACAUUAUGAUUCUCUCGUCGCGCGAUAUGGUGACCAAGAUGCACUCGCCGACCGUUUCGGCGGCCAAAACGACGGCCCUGACGCCUGGUGGUCCAACCUGCGUGUGCGGAUGUCUCAGGAUCAUCUACUGAGGCACGAGGCGCGGAGGCGAGCCGCCACCUUGGAGGUUUUCGAGGAUAGAGAAAACUCGCAUGAUGGUGCCUUUGGUUGCGGUGACCGGGCCUCUGCUAAGGCCAUGGUAACUCUGCAUCAGCCCAAUUUGGGCGAGACCAGGGAGCAGGAUUGCGCCGUGUGCCUUGAGCCUUUCGAGGAAGGCAACACGCUUAGAAUGAUGCCAUGUUUCCAUUCCUUCCAUCAGCGCUGCAUCUUCAGUUGGCUCCGCAUUAGCCGCAUCUGCCCGGUGUGCCGUUUCACGCUGCCCUCCCAGGCUGAUUUUGAGUCGGAGAAGGCUGAGAAAGAACGAGUUAGUGCUUCACCUGAAGAUGGCAAUAACUGAUUGAUGAAGAUCAAUCUGCUUAGUGAGUUACUUUGCUUGUGUCCUGUCUCACAAUUGAGUUGAUCUUAUUUAUGCUUCAUGGUUGAUAUAUUUAUCAUCUAAAGAUGGCAGCAAUUGUCCUGCUCCACUUAAAUAUUCUUGGUAGAUAUAUUUAUUAGAGUAAAUUUCAGAACAUUCUGUGUUUUGUGGUCUUAAUUGCAUAAUGCUCCGGAUAUUAUGGCAUGUAGCAUAUAACCCUAGUCAUUAUGGUAUCAAGGUUUCGCAAAACCCAGCAUUCACUCAAAUCAUAAAAAAAACAACUUGUUGACACAUAUUCACUUCAUUUUUCAUGCCAUAAACCACUAUGUAUUGUUCAAAUGUUGGUUACUUGAUCAGGAUGACCAGUUUAAUCAGUCAACGUUUUGAACAUUAUUAUGUCAAGGAUGGUAAAAUUAGCUGAAAUUUGAACUAGGAUGGAUUUUAUGAUACUUCUAGGUUAUAGAGCAUAGGGUUAUGUGCCUCGAGUCAUAAUAUCCGGAGGUUUAUGCAACUUUGACCGCAAAAUGUGGUUUUUUGUGAAAUUUACUCUGAUUAGAGUAGAUUUCAGAACACCAUGUAAGUUUAUUUAUGGGAUUGUCAAUCAUAAACUUUGUUGUUUGAUCCAAUAUACUUCAAGGAAGAAUAUUUAUCUCCCGUCUAAUGAAAAAUUAGAAGCAAAGAUGCUGUCUUUUGCAUCAUUGAUGUAAUCUUUUCAUUGGUAACCUUUGUAGAUUACUUUAAUUGUAAUUGGUAGCUCAUCAUUGUUGCCGGGAUCAGGUACCCCCAGGCAAAUGGGUGGUUAUGUUGUAAUCCUCAGCGCCUUGCUGCUGAGCUCGUACCAGUUUCUCCUCCUAAUAAACAUGGCCGGCCCAGUGAAAAGUAUUGUUCAUUGGUAGUUGUCUUUCUCAUUGACACCAAUGCAAGGCCUUGUGCCUGACAUAUGUAAGAAGAAAA